GGGUGGGAGGCAGCCGACCCCGCCACGAUGCUGCUGAAGAAGCCUGCAGCCAAAGGAGGGGCCCGGGAGCCGGGCUCGGAGGAUCCAAACCCCGCUGGGCAGCGUUGUGCCAGGACCGUACCCUCGUGCGCGGUCCUGGCGGCCCUCCUGUCAGCGGUGGCCGUGUUGUCUUGUCUGUACCUGGGGGUGAAAACCAAGGACCUCCAGGCGAGGAUCGCUGCUCUCGAAUCCACCAAAGGGGAUCCUUCCAUCCGUCUGCUUCCUGAUUGCGUGGAUCGGCUGAAUGCAAUGGUGCAAGAGAAAGUGGAGCGACUUCUGGCUCAGAGAUCCUAUGAACAUAUGGCGAAAAUAAGAAUCGCAAGAGAAGCACCUUCAGAAUGCAACUGCCCAGCAGGCCCUCCAGGGAAACGUGGUAAGAGGGGACGAAGAGGAGAAUCUGGUCCUCCUGGUCAGCCAGGUCCUCAGGGCCCUCCUGGUCCAAAAGGUGAUAAGGGAGAACAAGGUGAUCAGGGGCCUCGGAUGGUGUUUCCUAAAAUCAAUCAUGGGUUUCUCUCUGCUGAUCAGCAGCUCAUUAAACGCCGCCUGAUUAAGGGUGAUCAAGGACAAGCUGGGCCCCCAGGCCCUCCAGGACCUCCAGGCCCAAGAGGGCCUCCUGGGGACACAGGGAAAGAUGGCCCCCGUGGAAUGCCAGGAGAGCCCGGCGAACCAGGGAACCCAGGAAAACAAGGCAUAAUGGGACCUAUGGGGCCUCCAGGACAAAAGGGUUUUGUUGGAGCACAUGGAAUUCCAGGGAUGAAUGGGCAAAAGGGUGAGCCUGGGGUGCCUGGAGCAGUAGGGCAGAAUGGAACACCAGGACCAAAGGGGGAGCCUGGAGAACGAGGAGAAAAGGGCGAUGCUGGCGAGAGUGGCCCCAAAGGUGACACCGGCGAAAAGGGGGACCCUGGAUCAUCUGCUGCUGGAAUUAAGGGAGAACCUGGAGAAUCUGGUCGUCCAGGGCAAAAGGGUGAACCAGGGCUUCCUGGGCUUCCUGGACUUCCGGGGAUAAAGGGUGAACCGGGUUUCAUGGGUCCUCAAGGAGAGCCAGGCUUACCAGGGCUACCGGGAACAAAGGGUGAACGAGGGGAGGCGGGGCCUCCUGGAAGAGGCGAGCGAGGAGAGCCUGGGGCCCCUGGACCAAAGGGGAAACAAGGUGAAUCAGGAGCUAGAGGCCCAAAGGGGUCAAAGGGUGACCGUGGCGACAAAGGAGACUCUGGAACCCUGGGACCAAGGGGUCCACCUGGUCAAAAGGGGGAUCAAGGAGCCACCGAGAUCAUCGACUAUAAUGGCAACCUCCACGAAGCCUUGCAGAGGAUCACCACCUUAACUGUCACGGGUCCCCCUGGACCACCUGGACCUCAAGGACUACAAGGGCCAAAGGGAGAGCCAGGAUCUCCAGGAAUUCCAGGAGUUGAUGGAGAGCAGGGACUCAAAGGCUCAAAGGGAGACAUGGGGGACCCGGGAACGUCCGGUGAAAAAGGAGGAAUCGGGCUCCCUGGGUUACCGGGUGCCAAUGGAAUGAAAGGAGAGAAAGGAGACUCCGGACUGCCAGGCCCUCAGGGCCCCUCCAUCAUAGGCCCCCCAGGUCCGCCAGGCCCCCAUGGCCCUCCAGGCCCCAUGGGACCCCAUGGACUUCCUGGACCAAAGGGUGAACCAGGGUUAAAUGGUGUUAAAGGAUUGAAGGGUGAACCAGGUCAAAAGGGUGACAGAGGACCCCUUGGUCUUCCAGGAGCAUCUGGCUUAGACGGAAAGCCAGGAGCCCGGGGUACAGAUGGCCCUAUGGGACCCCAUGGCCCUGCAGGUCCCAAAGGAGAAAGAGGUGAAAAAGGAACUGUGGGAGAGCCAGGACCCAGAGGACCCUAUGGGCUGCCUGGGAAAGAUGGAGAGCCUGGUCUUGAUGGCUUCCCUGGUCCACGAGGCGAGAAGGGUGAUCUAGGAGAAAAGGGAGAAAAGGGGGAAAAGGGAAAGAAAGGCAAAAAGGGGCCUAAAGGGGAGAAAGGAGAACAGGGUGCUCCUGGAUUAGAUGCACCUUGCCCGUUGGGGCCAGAUGGAUUACCCAUGCCUGGCUGUUGGCAAAAGGUAGGCUUUAUGGCAUUAUUUCUGAAAGAAGUUCUCUCCCUUCCUCUUCACCUGGCCUAG